CAAAGAAUUAUGUAUAUUCUUUUGAAAAAGAUCACGAAAUCGCGACUCGGCUACCGGCAAAUCAAACAGCCACGUCCAUCAUCUCGUCCUCGUCCUCUGGGUGUAAACGAAUCAACCUCAUACCAUGACCUUGAAACACAAAAGCCACUCGGACGGCCGUGCCGGACUGUUCCACAGACCGAACCAACCGGUAUGGCAACAUUGCCUCCAGACUCUCUUUUGCAUUCUUGUAUUCGGGCAAGGUCCAUCCAACGUCGUCCAUACAAGCCUCCAGUGCAGAUUUCUCGAGCUUGAGCACCUCGUAUUACAACCCUGUCUUUACUGUAAGAACCACCUCAUUGUACAUCGUACAAUCCGGAUGUGUCAGAAACGACUCUUGGAGGAAGUCCACAAUGCUCCAAUCCGGCUGAGGUGGCAUGUUGAGUGCUGGUUGAUAGCCCUUCGUGGCUACACCAGUAUCUCUUUUGCGAAGCUCGUUGAGUGUGACGGUAUGUGCUGUCACGAUCUUGUUGUAGCUGUCCUUGAAGAGGGCAAUUGCCUUUUCCAUCUUCGGCGCCAACACAAGGUUCCAAAGAGUGUCCUGUCGCCUUUGUUCUUCGAUUGCAUUCCACCCUUCUUCGGAGACUUGAUACCAGUUAUACAGAGGUCGCAUACUGCCAUCUGAGCAAGCCUUGAUGUUGAAGAUACGCUUAGCGCAGUUGGCGAUCUCGUUUUCAAUGACCGUCUUGCGUUCGAGGAGUGACUUUAAUGCUUUAGCUUGUAGGCGGUCAUACAUGUUCAUGUUACUAGACCCACACGAUUCUCCAAUAAUUAUACUUCUGAUGACUUUGAAGCCCUACAGGCAGAACUUCGGUGCGUCGACAUUGGUUGUGCGAGGCAAUCGCUCGGCGUAUUUGCAUGCCAUAAAGAGCGACUUC